GGUAUUUUCGCUCGUCGGCGCUGCUCCGGUGGCCGCCGACCGGAUCCGGCGUUUCCGACCGUGCGUUCGUGCCAAAUCCUUUCCCAGCGGGUCGGUAUAUUCGAUUGCUUGCGCCCUCUUGCCCGCUGCCUCGGCUUGCUCUGCGCAUACAGGGCUCCUACCCUCUUGGUACAUUUCUCCCAACUGUGCGUUUGCAUCGUCUAGCCCUCUCCCGCGCCAGCCUCGACGUCUGUGAAGCCUGUCAACAAGUCACUCUGCUCAAAUCGAAAGGGGGCGUAGGCAGCAAACGAAACUCUCCGCGAAGGAGCGAAUUUGGGCGGGCUGUUGGGCGGGCGGGCGAGAGAGAGAGACAGAGAGAGAGAGAGAGAGAGAGAUGGAAGAUCUAUAGAUGACUGUGAGUUUGGGCGGGAUUUGAUUCAGUCCGCCGAUCGGUCCAAUGGCGGUGCUCCUGAGCGGCAGAGGUAGGAGGUGCUUAUUGAAUUUGAUUAGAACCGCUGAUAAUUUGAUUAGAACCGCUGAUAAACAAUGUUUUUUGGCGGGAAUUAGUUCCCCGAGCGGCGGGUCGGCAGCGAAUCGGAACUGCGAUAUCAGGUGGUAUACCCACGACGAGUCUCGCUUUCGGCCGUCGGAUUCGCCCCGUUCGCGAACGUUGCACGAGGAGAGGAGGGCUUGCGAUGUGCAGGGCCAUGAUUGGUUCACGUCCGAAGGACACGUGUCCAUUGUCGAUGCCGUCGCUGGAGCCAAUCAGAGACUGCUGGUUCAUUGGUGGCCAGCACACCCCGCAUCAAGGGAGGAGGCAUUUGCGCUACCGGUACUGCGGAAUCAAGGAUGGAGAAAGAAAGGUGGUGGGCUUGUAGCGAGGAACUUCUUUAGGGGUUUUUCUUCAGAUGUAAAGAGUGGGGAGAAGGAGGAGGAAACGGAGACCAUAGCUGUGACUUUCGUGAACAAGGAUGGGAGUGAAGAGAAGUUGCGCGUCCCCUUGGGUAAGUCUAUGCUGGAAGCAGCGCAUGAGAAUGACAUAGAGUUAGAGGGUGCUUGCGAGGGCUCUCUGGCGUGUUCCACUUGCCAUGUCAUCGUUACUGAUGAGGAAUAUUAUCGCAAGAUGCCGGAGCCAACGGAUGAAGAGAAUGAUAUGCUUGACCUUGCAUUCGGGUUGUCGGACACAUCGCGCCUUGGAUGCCAGAUCAUCGCGAAGAAGGAGAUCGACGGGAUCCGGUUAGCUAUCCCGGCCGCCACACGCAAUUUCGCCGUUGAUGGACAUGUGCCCAAGCCGCAUUAAGAAGGGCGAACAAGAGAGAGAGUGACUAAUACACACACACACACACACACACACACACACACACACACACACACACACACACACAGAGAGAGAGAGAGAGAGAGAGAGAGAGAGAGAGGGGAUCCGGUUAGCUAUCCCGACCGCCACACGCAAUUUCGCCGUUGAUGAACAUGUGCCACAUUAAGAAGGGCGAAGGAGAUAGGGUGACUAAUCCACACACAGAGAGAGAGAGAGAGAGAGAGAGAGAGAGAGAGAGAGAGAGAGAGAGAGAGAGAGAGAGACGGGAUCCGGUUAGCUAUCCCGGUCGCCACACGCAAUUUCGCCGUUGAUGGACAUGUGUCCAAGCCAUAUUAAGAAGGGGGAAGGAGAGAGAGUGACUAAUCCACAGAGAGAGAGAGAGAGAGAGAGAGAGAGAGAGAGAGAGAGAGAGAGAGAGAGAGAGAGAGAGAGAGAGAGAGAGAGAGGAUUGAUCAACCUUGCGUUUUCUUGGUGGUUUUGCUUUUUUUCUUUUUUUCGUUUUAAUUCAUCUUGGUCGUGUUUGCUUAGGAAAUAGGAAGGGGGAGGAGCGUAAGUGGGGGUGUGUUGAUCGAUGCUGGCGGCUGCCGGGAGUCGAGCCUUAUGUUUGCUUGUUCUGUUUUGGGUUCUUUAUUCCCCUUUAGUUAGGAUUAGUAUGUACUCAUGGCUAUGAUGGCAAAAUUCACUAAUGAGUGAUUGUUGCAAAGAGAAGAACGUCUCGCUGCGGUGAUGCGAAGUAACUGAAAAAUUGGACCCGCCGAUUGUUUUUGCGUUACGUCCUUCUCUUAUUGACUGUAAUCUGGUUCUGAAGGCGGCAGCUUCUCUUCGUUCCCCUCCCCGCACGGUCGCCUGCUAAUGGCUUUGUCGCACUUAUUUAAGGGAAGUUGGGUGGGCGAGAGGUUGCACGACCAAUUGAAAAAGGCAACGAACAUCUCGUUGUCUGUUCAGCGAAAAAUUCCGAUCAUCAACAAAUGUGGAUGUUUCAG